AUGGGUCAUCACUGCUGCAGCAAACAGAAAGUUAAGAGAGGGUUAUGGUCUCCUGAAGAAGAUGAAAAGCUCAUCAAACACAUCACCUCCCAUGGCCAUGGCUGCUGGAGUUCUGUCCCUAAACUUGCAGGGCUACAGAGAUGCGGAAAGAGUUGCAGAUUGAGGUGGAUAAACUACUUGAGACCCGAUCUGAGAAGAGGUUCAUUCACUGAACAAGAAGAGAGAACGAUCAUUGAUGUUCAUAGGAUACUGGGGAACAGGUGGGCUCAGAUAGCGAAACAUCUACCAGGUAGAACAGAUAAUGAGGUCAAAAACUUUUGGAAUUCUUGCAUCAAGAAGAAACUUAUUGCUCAGGGUUUGGAUCCAAACACUCAUAACCUUCUUUCUGCACAUCAGAUCCCCAUUAAUCUUAAUGCUAACAACAGUAAACAUAGCGAUCCUACAAAGCCACUUUUCUCCAUUAUCAACAAUACCUCAUCACAAACAAAAGAUUCAAAAAGGUUCAUUAAUCCUGUAAUGAGUCAAAACUUGUACGAAAACACAUUAACCCACCAAAGUUCAAACCUUAAUUACCAAGACUACAACAAUAACGUUAGCCAUGAUCAAUCGACAAUGGGGUUUUCAAGUCAACAGUUAGUUGAAAGUACUAAAACGCCCAUCUUGUCGCCUCUUCCUUCUUCCUUAAAUCCACUUGAUUUUGGGAAUAUGGGUCAACCAUGGUGUGGUAAUAGUAAUCUUGGAGUAUCCUUUGAGAACACAAGAAGACAAGAAGAGUUUCAAGAAAUGUUGCAGCAGGAGAUGGUGAGUCAAGGUGGUGUGACUCAGGGUUUGGAUUUGAGGAAUAGUGGUGAAGUCCAGAAUCAAACCAAUAUAGAUAUGACUUCGUUUGAUGGGUGUAACAUUGACUUAGAGUUCAUGGAAGCUGCACUUAUUCCUUGUGGAAUGUACUCUAAUGGCGGAUCUUUGGAUCAUCUUGCAUGGGACUGUAACUAGCUAGAUAGCUCAAGUAUUUGUUUAAUUUUUUUUUUCUCACUUUUUAGAGUCUUAAUGCGUUCUUGUUUAUAGAUUGCUUUUACACCUACGGAUUCCAAAAACAUUUUAGUCACGUCGCUUCAUCCUAGGAAGGGAACAAGGAUAUCUCCAAUCACAAGUGGAUUUUAAUUGUAGUUGACUCAGUUAUUCUACUUUAGUGGAUACCGUAGGGCUAAAAUUGUCCUUUUUGUUUAACUACACCUUUCCUCAUGUAGAGUGGGACUUACUGAAGAUUGGAUUUCGAAUGAAGAUCAAUGAUAUAUACACACACUUUUAUAUACUCAAAGUCCCACC